CCGCGACGCCAUGGCUCCCGAGGCUGCGCCCCCGGCGGACACCGCCAAGCCCAUCCCGGUCGUCGAUGAAGACGCUCCCGCGGGCCCCGACAAGUACGGCUCGUUCAGCAACCCCGGUUCGCUGAACGUCGGGGUCCCGUACACCGGCAAGGAUCCCCUCGCGCAGGGCAACUCCCGCCUGAGAGGCGUGAACAUGAAGGCUCCGUCCGCGAAGAUGGGCAAAGGCAACGACGCCUCCUUCGACAGGUUCAAACCCUUAUAUCAGAAGGAACCGUUCCAGGUGAGCGCCGCGGAGAAGCGCGAGGCGAGGGCCAAGGCCGAGGACGGGCGCAUCCAAGGCCCGCUCGUGCCGGCGGGGAUGCCCAAAAAGAGCAGCGGUCUGGGCGGGUACGGGGGCACCCUCGGCGAGCCGUUCGAGAACGAGGACGGCGAGCCUUACUUCGGCUGGGGCACCGCGGACGGCGAACCGCCCAAGGGCUUGAUGAAAGGCGACCCGAGCACGCAGCCCAAGCCGCGAAACAUCGUCACGGGUCCGGGCAAGAAGGGUGGGUACGGGAUGCGGGGGUACACCCUCGGCGAGAAGAAGAGCGCGGGGGGGUCGGCGGGCGAGUACAAGUACGUCGCCACGGAUUACGACGCGGAGCGCAAGGCGGACGCCGCGCGGGCGGCGCACGGGAAGAAGCUGAUGGCCGGUAAACCCGAUUGGAAGCCGACGGCGCCGGGCAAGAGAGGGGGACCCGGGGUCACGGGCAAGACGCUCGCCGGACCGAAGAACCUCGGCGGCGUGUGCGGCGAGUACAGGUACAAACCGGAGGGACCGGAUCCGAAGUUUGUCCCGGAGCCCCCCGCGGAUUACCCUUGGGCGCCGCCCAAGCCCAACAAGGGCCCGAUGAAUCCGUUCCCGGAGCACAUGGCGGAUCCCGAGGAGCUGCAGAAGUGGAAGGAGAGGCGACGCGAGAAGGAGGGGAGGGCGAAGAUCACCAAGGCGUGGAGGCCCGGGGGCGGCGGCAAGAGCGGCGCGACCAAGUCCGUGCUCCGCAUGAACACCAGAUUAUGACGGCGCGACGCGACGUAUCGAAAACGACUUAAUUACAACUGUUAAGGC